AUGCGUUUGGGCUGGGGAUGGUGCGCAGGACUGGCGUGGUGUGCGCUGGGCGCACAGGCGCUCGCCGAUCGUGCAGAAAUGCUCACGAGUGCGGAGUUGAACGGGAUCCUUGCGGCUGAUCCCGCGCAGCGCCUCGACUUUCGCAACCCAAACACGGUCCUGUCGCGGCUGCUUAUUCCCCGGGUGCCGGGCACAGAAAACAGCACGAUUGCACGCGAGGCGAUCGUAUCGACCCUCUCGGAGCUCAGAGACGCACAGGGGAGUAAAAAGUGGCACAUCGAGACGCCGUCCUUCGAGGCGCAGACACCGGAAGGCGUGCGAAAAAUGACCAACGUGAUCGCGACGCGCGAUCCGUCCGCGCCGCGCCGCCUGGUGCUCGCAGCCCACUACGACUCCAAGUUCUUUCCGCCAGGGCCGAUGGAAGGGUUCAUUGGUGCGACAGACAGCGCGGCGCCGUGCGCCGUGCUCCUCGACGUGGCCGUCGCCCUCGACACGUACCUGGACAAGCAGACAGAGCGCAUGGCGCAGUGGCGCAUGGCGCACCCCGGCUCGUCCGGCGACAGAGACGUGACACUACAGCUGAUUUUCUUGGACGGCGAAGAGGCGUUCCACAGCUGGACGCAUACGGACUCGGUCUACGGCGCUCGUGACCUGGCCAACAGCUGGGCCGAGACUUGGGUCGUGCCCCACAACAAGCGGCACACGACGCGCCCGGGCUUUGCCGUGCGCGCGAUCCAGCAGAUUGAAAACUUUGUCCUGCUCGACCUGCUCGGCGCGCCGAAUCCCCGGGUGCCCUACUUUUUCGAGCAGACCAAGUGGCUGCAUACGCUUCUGCAGCAGAUCGAGACGCGCCUCAGCAGCCGCCACGCACUCUACCCCGAUGACAAGCAGCGCAGUCCAAUCAUGGACGCGCGCCGCGGGCCUGCCGGCAUCGAGGAUGACCACCUUCCGUUCCUUGCCCAAGGCGUGCCGAUCCUCCACCUGAUUCCGGUGCCGUUUCCCAUGGUCUGGCACCAGAUCACAGACAAUGUGCAUGCGCUCGACUAUGCCACGCUGUUUGCAUGGUCCAAGCUGAUGCGUGUGUUUGUCGCAGAGUACCUUGGCCUUGGCCAGCAGAAAUAG